GCGAGUUACGCUGCUACUUCAUUUGCUUUGCCACAAGCGACAACGUGCUUUAGCUUCACGCGGUUACUGGUAAAUGGCAGUUUAGGAUUUUAACAUGAGCUAAUUCACCUUGCUAACCCACGAACUCUGCUCUAAAUCCGACCAGUUGGAAUUUCCUGUGCUCAUAAACUAGGUUUAAAGAUAGUCCAGCCUGUAACACGUAUUUUUUCCGGUUUGGACGGCUGUUUGGGGCGACUCGGUACACGGGAGAUGCAUCUGGCGGCUCGUUGUUUGAAUGAAUACUCGUUUUUCGUACGCGCUUCAACGUGUUAUUUUCAUCGAGGAUUCACAUCGUCUGUGGGACAGUCUUGCGUUCAUUUUCCUGGUUCUCUAAAGCUGUGGAGAGUUAACUCUCAAGAGAUGGCUCUCACACAAGUGUCCUCCAACAAGUGCGGCGGUGGCUUCCAGAAGGUUUUCGAGCACGACAGCACCGAGCUGAAGUGUAAGAUGAAGUUUGCAGUCUACCUGCCUCCCAAGGCUGAGACUGACAAAUGUCCUGUCAUGUACUGGCUCUCUGGCUUGACAUGUACAGAGCAGAACUUCAUCACCAAAGCUGGCAGUCAGCGCGCUGCUGCAGAGCACGGCAUCAUCAUCGUAGCUCCUGACACCAGCCCACGUGGCUGUAACAUCGAGGGGGAGGAUGAGAGCUGGGAUUUCGGCACUGGAGCUGGUUUCUACGUUGACGCCACCCAGGACCCCUGGAAGACCAACUACCGCAUGUACUCCUACGUCACAGAGGAGCUCCCCAAAUUGAUCAAUGCCAACUUCCCCACCGACCCGGACAGGAUUUCCAUCAGCGGUCACUCCAUGGGCGGCCACGGGGCGCUCAUCUGUGCCCUGAAGAAUCCUGGGAAAUACAAGGCGGUGUCUGCGUUUGCCCCCAUCUGCAACCCGAUGCAGUGUCCCUGGGGACAGAAGGCCUUCUCAGGAUACCUGGGCUCUGACAGGUCCUCGUGGGAGGCGUACGAUGCCACCGUGUUGGCCGGGUCCUACUCCGGUCCUCAGCUCGACGUCCUCAUCGACCAGGGCCGGGACGACCAGUUCCUGUCAGCCAGCCAGCUGCUGCCCGACAACCUGAUCGCCGUCUGCUCCGAGAAGAAAAUCCCCGUCGUCUUCAGACUGCAGCCGGGCUACGACCACAGCUACUUCUUCAUCUACUCCUUCAUGAACGACCACAUCAAGCACCACGCCAAGUACCUCAACGCCUGAAGUGCCACCGGAGCACGAGACUCUUUCGGACAUCGUCAGUCCACUUCACCUCGGCCCCUCCGCUCUGCUCUCUCCUGGUUUUUAUUUUGUCCUGCGCAGUUCAGUAUAAUCAUUUCAGCUGUAAUGAAGUAGAUGUGGUCAGUGACACUUCAGCCCAAACGGCACGUAGCUAAAGUCUCAAAUAGGAAACGUUUUCUUCUCUCUCUCUUUUUUUUGGUUUUUCUUUUUGGAAGUUGAGGUUGGAGCCACACGUCUCGACAUCAGACACCUGAGGAAAUGUCCCCGUGUCCCGAUAACCGUGGAUUUUUUUCUGACAGAGCUCAGACACAGUUGUAUUUUUCAGAAUAAAAUCCUCGGUUAUUCACG